AUGCGAGUUGUGUUUCUCUUGCUCUGUAGUGUCUCUGUGUGUAGCAGCUCUAAGAUGGUGUCUAAGAGAGGCUUUGAUGACGGCUGUACAGACUGGUCUGUGGACUACCUGAAGUACCGUGUGUUAAGUGGGGAACCAGUCAGAGUGAGGUGUGCCCUGUUUUAUGGGUACAUCCGUGCCAACUACAGCCACGCUCAGAGCGGGGGCCUGAGUCUUAUGUGGUACCGCAGUGCAGGCAUUGGACAUGGAGACUUUGAGGAGCCUAUUGCGUUCGAUGGCACACGCAUGAGCAAGGAGGAGGAUGCAAUCUGGUUCAGACCGGCUCAACUACAGGACAAUGGACUUUAUUCAUGUGUGCUCAGGAACUCCUCUUACUGCAUGAAGGUGUCUAUGUCUCUGCUGGUGGUUGAAAACGGCACAGAGGGAUGUUACAGCUCAGUGCUGCGUUACUCUGAGAAAGCAGAACUUGGCAAAAGUAAAAACAUCACCUGCCCCAACAUACAGGAUUAUACGCCACCUGGACACACACCACAGAUACUCUGGUACAAGGAGUGUGUCUCAACACACUGGAGGGAGAAUAUUGUCCAAACUGUGGAUUCUCUCAGUAUCCCGUCAGUGCUAGAGGAGGACAUUGGGAAUUACACCUGUGAGCUGGCUUUCGAAGGCUUCUUUGUGCGACGGACCACGCAUCUGAGUGUCACAGCUCCUCUGACUGACCAGCCACCAAAGAUUCUGUACCCCCCUCCCAACACACUCCUCACACUGGACAUGCUGCUGGGACGCGCCGUCAACCUCACAUGUCGAGCAUUCUUUGGUUACAACGGCGAUGUCACUCCACUCGUCUACUGGAUGAAAGGAGAGAAAUUCAUCGAGGAUAUGGACUUGACUCGGGUUCGAGAGAGUGAAAUCAAGAUCCUGAGAGAGCACUUGGGGGAAAAAGAAGUGUCCAUCUCAUUGACAAUAGAUUCUCUUGAGGAGGGAGACCUUGGUAACUAUUCGUGUUAUGCUGAGAAUGGAAACGGGAGACAACAAACUAGCAUUCAGAUAAACAAACAAGAGCUGGUGUAUAUGGUGGAAUUAGCUGGUGGUUUGGGUGCGAUGCUGUUGGUCCUGGUGCUGCUGCUUUCUCUGUAUAAAUGCUACAGGAUUGAACUGCUACUGUGCUACAGACACCACUUUGGGGAAGAGGAUGCAGAUGGAGACCGUAAGGACUACGAUGCAUAUCUGUCCUACAGUAAAGGGGACUUUGAUCCGUGGGGGCAGGAGCAGGAAGAGGAGGAGCGUUUUGCUUUAGAGAUCCUCCCUGAGGUUCUGGAGAAGCAUUAUGGCUACAGACUCUUCAUUCCAGACAGGGACAUUGUCCCAUCAAGUGCAUACAUGGAUGAUGUAGCUCGUGGUGUGGAGUUGAGUAAGCGUCUGAUCAUGGUUCUGACACCGGGGUAUGUGCUGCGUCGAGGCUGGAGUGUAUUUGAACUGAACUCUCGCCUGCGUGAGUCUCUGGCGUCUGGUGAAGUGAGGGUGAUUUUUAUUGAAUGUGGUGACCUGAGCACCGUCGUUAACUAUCAGGAGGUGGAGGAGCUCAAACAUAACAUUAAAUCUCUGAACCUCAUUCGCUGGCUUGGUCCAAACAGCAGCAAACCGGGUUCACGAUUCUGGAAGCAGCUACGCUACGCCAUGCCCUACCGACGCCCCAAGCCCCCAACCCCUAAAGCUGUCAUCACCAAGACGACAGCCAAUCACUCACCGGAGGUCACUGUCAUCGAAAGUGACUUACGGGCUGUUUCUGCCGUAUCCCUGGCAACAGUGCCCCCUGAACCUCGCCAGUCUCUUCGGACCUCAUACCGCUCGCACUCGCUGAGGCAGAAACAUUCACAUUUCCGUAGUUAUGACUACGAACUGCCCAUUACCGUGGGAACCACGCUGCCCCCUCCGCAACACACAUACUGCAAUCUGCCCCUCACGCAAGUCAACGUACAGCGCCAAUCGGGCAAGACGUUACGCCAGCACAGCCUAGACCACGAGCACCAUGCCAAUGCCAUGCUCCCGUUGUUGCCAAGGGAAACCAGUAUUUCCAGCGUCAUCUGGUGA